AUGGCGAAUGUCACACUUACUGAGGAAGCGGAGACAAACGACACAUCGACGAUCGACAACGAUAAUGUUACUCUCGCACGAGCGAUAUAUAGGCAUGACUUCGCUGGACAGGGAUGGGACGAUGCAACAUGGAUCUUAACCAGUGCAUUCAUCAUAUUCACCAUGCAAUCUGGGUUUGGCCUUUUAGAAUCGGGUUCAGUGUCGAGAAAGAAUGAAGUCAACAUUAUGGUGAAAAACGCUAUCGAUGUUUUAUUCGGCGGGCUGUCCUACUGGGCGUUUGGCUUCGGUCUCAGUUUUGGUACGAGCACUUGGUCUAACCCGUUUAUCGGAAUAGGAAAUUUUUUCGUGAAUUCUGAAAGUGAUGACAUGGGUGAGGUAUUCUCAAGUUUCUUUUUCCACAUGUCAUUUGCAACCACAACUACUACCAUUGUAAGCGGAGCAAUGGCGGAAAGAACUAAACUAGAAACGUACAUCCUAUUUUCUUUCCUCAACACGUUCAUAUAUUGCGUGCCGGCGCACUGGCUGUGGGCAGAUAAUGGGUGGCUGAAAGGUCUGGGUGUGGUAGACGUUGCUGGUGCUGGAGGUAUUCACCUUAUCGGCGGGGUAACUGGCCUCAUGGCGACCUUGAUGCUAAAACCGAGAUCUGGGAGGUUUGAAGAAAGCAAGGAGCUGACUGCUAUGGGAUCGCCUACGAACGCUUUAUUUGGCAUGUUCAUGUUGUGGUGGGGCUGGCUGGGAUUCAAUUGCGGAAGCACAUACGGAAUAACGGGUGGCAAGUGGAAACUAGCAGCAAGGUCAGCUGUUAACACCAUUGUGUCAUCUGUAUCAGGAGGCUCUGUUGGUAUCUUCUUGAGUUAUACUACGAAAAAGAGAAAGUUAGACGUGAACUACUUGAUAAAUGGCAUUCUUGGUUCGUUAGUGUCAAUAACAGCAAUGUGUGCUCUGAUACAUCCAUGGGAAGGGAUCGUAAUCGGUAGUAUUGGUAGUGUCAUCUCCUGUUUGAGCAUCGAUCUAAUGGUGAAAUUGAAAAUAGAUGACCCGGUUGGUGUGAUACCAGUUCAUGCUCUGCCGUCGAUGUGGGGUCUACUCGCAGUUGGAUUAUUUAUCCGAGAAGAUACAAUUGAGAACAUAUCACGUUACAACGGACUCUUAUACGGAGGAGGGUGGUACAUGUUUGGUGUGCAAACUGUCGCAGUGCUCACGAUUUUAACAUGGACGAUGGUUAUGGCAUUCGUGUUUCUAAAACUCCUCGACAUCACCUUCGGACUGAGAAUUCCUUUGCACGAGGAACUAUUAGGGUUAGAUUUGGUGGAGCAUUCUAUAAAUGGGUCAUACGACAAGAAGACAAGCGAAUUGUCAGGUGCCGAUGGUCGUAUCUUGGAAGUUGUAAAAACGGACGGUGGUCGAAUGUACAAUAGCAAUCUACGCAAACUGUCGCGAACGGUCACAAUGGGCCUCCCGUUUGAGAUGUUAAACACGCAGUCAAUUACAAAUGUGAACGUAACUGCAAAGCCCUGA